AUGAAGUUUCUCAUAUGCUCUCCCCUUCUAUCAUCACUUCUCACUAACCCAAAGAUGAUGGGUGAGAAUACUAUUAUGAGUAGGUUGAAGCCUUAUAUUUUAGUUGUGAGCCUACAAUUUGGAAUUGCAGGCAUAUAUGUAAUAUGUAUGGCCACUCUCACCAAAGGUAUGAGUCGUUACGUUUUGAUCGUAUAUCGAAACACCGUUGCCACUCUCUUUCUCGCUCCCUUUGCGUUAAUCUUUGAAAGGAAAACAAGACCAAAGAUGACACUCCCAAUCGCUUUACAAAUCAUGGUCUUGGGUUUUCUAGAACCCGUUGUUGAUCAAGGAUUUGGUUAUCUAGGAAUGAUGUACACAUCAGCAUCAUAUGCAUCAGCUAUCAUGAACGCUGUGCCCUCUGUUACCUUUCUCAUUGCAGUCAUUUUUCGAGUGGAGCGUCUAAAUAUAAAACAAGUACGAGGGGUAGCCAAGGUAAUUGGCACUUUGGUGACCUUCGCCGGAGCUUUGGUUUUGACACUUUACAAAGGCCCAAUUCUCGAUUUCUUUUGGACUCAAAAAACCAACCACCACGUUAAUAGCGGCGGCGUCGCCGUCAAUCAGCACUGGGUUGCCGGCACUUUGUUCAUCCUUCUGGGAUGCGUGUCGUGGUCUUCUUUCUACAUAAUACAAUCUAUAACAGUGAAGAGAUACCCAGCGGAGCUGUCUCUUUCGGCAUUGAUAUGUUUGGCUGGUGCACUUCAAAGCACAGUGGUAGCAUUAGCCGUAGAUCAUCGUGCCAGUGCAUGGGCUGUGGGUUGGGACUCCAGGCUUUUUGCUCCUCUCUAUAUGGGAAUAGUUGGUUCAGGAAUUGCAUAUUACUUUCAAGCUUUGGUUAUGAAGACAAGAGGCCCUGUAUUUGUCACAGCUUUCAAUCCUUUAUGUAUGAUUGUUGUCACUAUUAUCUCCUCCAUUGUUCUCGCUGAGAAAAUUCAUCUUGGAAGUGUUAUUGGAGCCAUUAUCAUUGCAAUUGGGCUUUAUUCAGUUGUUUGGGGAAAACGCAAGGAUUAUUCCACCGCCGCCGUGCCGGAGCUUCCAAUUAUUGCCUCUCAAUUCCCCGCCGAACAAGAUGCUCACCUUCAUCCUCCCAAAUGA